AUGAUCUCAACGGCUGCUUUGUUUAUUGUUAGUUCGAGUUUGUUUUUGACGUGCUUAGGUGAAGAUAUCGGCGAUCCUAUAGGAUGUUUUCAAGAUAAUGCUGGAGCCUCUGACUUGGAGAAUGAAAUGCCGCAUGCAAGUUAUACAGUCGAAAUGUGUGUACAAGCGUGUCGGAAUCAUUAUUAUAAGUUAGCUCUCAUAUCGGAUGCGUCCCAGUGUUUUUGCAGCAGUGAGAAUAUGCAUUAUGCGGAUGGAAUCUGCAACAAAACAUGCUUUGGAAAUUCAUCACAAGUCUGUGGAGGAGAGAAUUCCUACAGCGUUUAUGACACUGGGCAGAGAACACCUGGCCCUCCACAAAAUCUCACUCUAUUAAAUGUAACAGAAAAGAGUCUCCAUAUUCAGUGGUCCACACCUGCAGUUACCAAUGGUCCCUUAUCAAAUUACUUAAUUAUAGCUGAACCAGUAUCAACUUACGUCAGUUCAACUAGUCUUGGUCUUCAGACCUGGCAGUAUCCUAGCUCAACUAAUAAGACUGAACUUUUGAAUCUUCAUCCUGGUACAUUGUACAAUGUGUCCGUGGCAGCUGCUCAUUCUGAUGGGAUUGCAGGAGCUUAUAUUUCUGACAAAUUCUGGACUGAAAUUGGUGAGCCAUCUCCACCUCCAACACCAGAAAUAUUACAAAGCUCAAAAGGUGAAAUGGUAGUUAAACUUCUACCAGCCAUGAAUGACCAAGGACCCAUAAGUUUUUAUCAUGUAGUUGUCAUAUUUGGUGAAGAUGAUAUAAUUCCAUUAAAACCAGAAUUUCUUAAAAAUUAUAAUGAAUCAAGAGAGAAAGAUUUGCCUUUCUACAUUGCUGCUGAACUGACUCCUGAUAAACUGAAACCUGGAAAUGAGAAUAGAUUCACAGUUGGAGAUGGUAAAGUCUAUGGGAAGUAUUAUAAUCCUCCUUUACCUGUAGAUGCACAUGUACAUGUCAGUUUAGGAGUUGUGAGCUCAUUGAACGGAGUGACUAAAGCAAAUUAUGCUAAAACUAGUCACGAGCAGGAUGGAAUUGUGAUAUUGAAUGUUGGAAACAAUAUGGUGGUUGAAAAUGUUAAUUCUGGACUUGAAGUUGGACUCUCAGCAGCUGUUGGCGUAUUUGGAACUUUGCUAGUUUUAUCAAUAGUAGUUUUUUUUAUUUUGAGGAAACGAGUUGCACGGCAAGCCCGAAGAACAGCUGAACAUCAAGAACUUUCUUUAGAAGGACCGAUUUUUGAAGUGGAAUCCUCAGGGUAUAUACAUAAUGCAUAUGUUCCCGAAGAAAUUGAAGAAAGAGUUGAUCAUUACAAAACGCUGAAGGAAAAAGUAUGGAAUAUACCCCGAAAUUUUCUUGAUAUUCAAAAUCACAUUUUGGGUAUAGGGCGCUACGGCAAUGUAAUGAGAGGCACUGUGCAACAGAGAGGCUUCCCUGUGCCAGUAGCUGUUCAUGUCAUUCCUGAUGGCGAGAUGAUUCCUGCUGAAAAACAUUCAAUGCUUCAGGAUUUGGGCGUGUUGAUCCGCAGUGCUGGUGGCGAUACUCCCAAUGUCAUUCAACUGGUAGGCAUAUGUGAAAGCCCUGAAACCCUUUACGUAAUGGUUGAACACCAUCCUGCUUCAUUGAAAGAUUUAUUACUUGAAAGUCGCAGUCUCAAUCAUACACCAUCUGGUGAGGAUUCAGAAAUACACAAAGUGUGUUCUCUUCCUGAGAGGCAGCUCCUGGAAACUGCGGCUGGUAUUGCACGUGCCAUGGAUUAUCUCUCACGACAGAAGAUAAUUCACAAACAAAUUGCAGCUAGAAAUGUUCUAAUGGCACAUGGUGUUGUGCCUAAAUUAACUGCAUUUGGGAUUGCCCAGUUCAGCAGAGGGAAUGAAAUUCCUGAUUACACCCGAUGGACAGCCCAAGAGAUAUUUCGAAGUGGUCGGUAUGUCAGCAAGAGCGAUGUAUGGUCAUUUGGUUGUCUUCUUUGGGAAAUCAGUGCAUUAGGUGGAACACCAUAUUCUGAUGUGAAUACCAUUGAAGUGGGUCCACGUGUAAUGAGAGGUUUACGCUUACCCCAGCUGCGAUUGGUUAGUGAUGAUUUGUAUCAAUUGAUGCUACAAUGCUGGCAAGUCGAUUUGGAUGAACGACCCUCUUUCCACGAGUGUGCAUGCGUAUUGGAAAACCUCUUAGAUGACAGUGUCGUUCAUCUUAACUUAUCCAUGUAUAUGGGAUUUCAUUAUGAACAAUACAUUCCAGAUAUGGAGAGACAGUAG